CUGCGGUUUCGCCAUGCAGUCCAAGCGCGAGUGUGAGCAAUGGUGUGAGAGGGUGAACCCAGAAAACAAGGCGGCCCUGGAGGCGUGGGUCAGGGAGACGGGCAUCCGCCUGGUGCAGGUGAACGGGCAGAGGAAGUAUGGCGGGCCACCUCCAGGCUGGGUGGGCAGCCCGCCGCCGGCCGGCUCCGAGGUGUUCAUCGGCCGUCUGCCCCAGGACGUGUACGAGCACCAGCUGAUCCCGCUGUUCCAGCGCGUGGGCCGCCUCUACGAGUUCCGCCUGAUGAUGACCUUCAGCGGCCUCAAUCGCGGCUUCGCCUACGCGCGCUACAGCUCGCGGCGCGGCGCGCAGGCCGCCAUCGCCACGCUGCACAACCACCUGCUGCGGCCCGCGUGCCCGCUGCUGGUGUGCCGCAGCACCGAGAAGUGCGAGCUGAGCGUGGACGGCCUGCCGUCGGGCGUGACCCGCCGCGCGCUGCUGCUCGCGCUGCAGCCGCUCGGCCCCGGCCUCCAGGAAGCGCUGCUGCUGCCCAGCCCCGGCUCGACGGCCGCGCAGAUCGCGCUGCUCAAGUUCAGCUCCCACCGCGCCGCCGCCAUGGCCAAAAAGGCCCUCGUGGAAGGGCAGUCCCGCCUCUGUGGAGAACCUGUGACUGUGGAGUGGCUCAAGCCAGACCUGAAGCAGCGACUGCGCCCCCAGCUCGCCAGCCCCUCCCUGCAGCGCCUCCAGCCAAACAGUGGCCAGCUGGCCCUGGCUAAGAACAAGCUAGGGUCCCAGGGACCUCGGGCUGCCCUGCAGCUGCUGUGCCAGCGCAUGAAGCUAGGCAGCCCCGUGUUCCUCACCAAGUGUCUGGACACGGGACCUGCCGGCUGGCAUCGCUUCUGGUACCAAGUGGUGAUCCCCGGGCACCCGGUGCCUUUCAGCGGCCUCAUCUGGGUGGUGCUGACCCCAGACGGGCAGGAUGGUCAUGAAGUGGCCAAGGAUGCCGUUUCCUCACAGCUGCUGGAGGCGCUGAGCGAGUCUGAGGCCAGCCUCUUGUGGGCUGGCGUGGCUGAGGCAGGCACUAUAGCUAGGCAGUAAUGUCCCUCCCCUCCCCCUCCCCGGCAGUCUACAUGGGGCGGCAGAGCCCGUGUCCACCCCCAGCCCAGCAGGCCUGGGCAGCCACUUCUGACCCCCCCAUGGGGAGGGAUGUGGGCUCU